UAAGGCCGGCCACCAACGAACAGAGGCACCAAAAAAUGGGGAGCGGCAAAGAGAAGAAGAAGCAGCAGCAGCACCACCAAAAGAAGAAGCGAUUUCCCUUGCAACCCAAAAAAGUAGUGAAUAACAAAAGGAAGAAGGAAAAAGUGAAAAAGACGAGAAGCAGCAGCAACAAUGGCGAAUCUAUUGAAAAUGCGAAAUCCAAAAUUAAAGUAAAAGACACCAAGUUAAACGAUAUUGUUCGUUUUCCUACAGCAGCGCAGCAGCUGGAGUUUUUUCAUGAACAGUAUCAAUCAGCUAAUAGGAUUCAGCUUUCUUCACUCGAACUCGAUUCCUUUACAGAGACAUGCAUGCUUGAGCUCAAUCCUGAUCACGCUCAAAUUAGUAGUGCAUUGGCUGACCAUAUGAAGGUUGCUUUUGGACCAUCAUGGAAAGAGAGUCUAUGUGAAAAGGAGAUUGAUGAGAAAAUUGAUCCAGGGCAACCUGCACUUCUGGUUAUUAGCUUAUCUGCCUUGCGUUCGUUGGACCUUCUCAGAGAAUUGCGGCCUUUGACAAGUGAAUGCCGUGCUGCAAAGCUUUUCUCAAAGCAUAUGAAGAUUGAGGAGCAGGCUUCUGCUCUCAAGAAUCGUGUUAAUAUUGCAAGUGGGACACCAAGCAGGAUUAAGAAGUUGAUAGAUGUGGAGGCACUUGGCCUAUCUCGACUAGCUGUGAUUGUGCUGGAUAUGAAAACUGACACAAAGGGCUAUUCACUGUUGACACUGCCUCAAGUCAGACAUUCCACUUUGCAGAGAUGAGUUCUGGGAUUUGUAUAGGAACUACUUUCACCAACGAGUACUGGAAGGUGCAUUGCGGAUAUGUCUUUAUGACGAAAUACCAGUUAACAUUAAAAAAGAGAAAAGCAAUCAAGAUGAGUAGCCUCUUCAGAACCGAUACGAGAAUACUGUACUAUUGUCAUCCAGUCCAUUUUGACAUUUUUGUAUCGCAAAUUCGUGGUAGAGGAUAGCCAGAAGCAGAAACUAUUUAGGAAUUUCUGUAGGUUGUGUUGUUUAGCAAGGUAAAUUUUUCAGGUAAAAUAUGAUUCGAGUUCAAGUAGGACGUCUUUCAGAUAGAUCUUUAAAGGAAUUGUUUUUUUAACUUUUUAAUUUUUGUGAGUUCUUUGUGUAGCGAUAACUAGUUUACUAACUUAAGUGAUCCAAUUUUCAUGAUAUGUGAUGGUGAGUUUAAUGUCUAAACUUUUGUUCUGUUGCAAAGUUACAGAGUGCUUGUUG